AAACACCAAAAGAACAACUGUAAACAUCAACUACUCGGUGCAAUCUCAACCAUCCUACGUCAGAAUUUACACGCGUAUCAUAGCGCGCUCGGGUUUUGGCAAAUCACAAACCAAGUCACAGAAAAGUAACGCCCGGGCGGCGGGCGGCUCUGAGGCCCGCUGCCCUUCCGCCUGAACUUAGCGCGCCAACCGCCAUUCAAUGAGAUCUUAGCGAUAAAGUCCGGCCCUUCUUGCCUAUAAAUUUUUUCUCUUCUUUCUUCUUUCUCUCUCCUCAGAUCAAUCAAUCUUCUCUCACAUACAUCACACAAUGGUUUACCCUGAUACUUUCCAAGGAUUCGCUGGCUACUCCUACGAGGAGUGGAACAAGCCCAAGGCUUUCGAGUACAAGCCUAAGCCUUUUGGCCCCAAGGACAUCGACAUCAAGAUCGAGGCCUGCGGUGUCUGCGGCUCUGAUGUCCACACCAUCACCGGUGGAUGGGGCAAGACCCCUCUUCCCUUGAUUGUCGGCCACGAGAUUGUCGGCACUGCCGUCAAGGUCGGUGACGAUGUCGAGUCCAUCAAGGUCGGUGACCGCGUCGGUGUCGGCGCCCAGAUCGGCUCCUGCGGAUCGUGCGACGACUGCAAGAACGGCAGCGAGCAGUACUGCAACACCUGGAUUGACACCUACGGCAGCACCUACCCCGUCGGCUACCACGAUGGAUCCGACGGCAACGUCACCCAGGGAGGUUACGCCUCGCACAUUCGCUCGCACGAGCAGUUCACCUUCCCCAUUCCUGACGCGCUCGAGAGCCACCUCGUCGCUCCCAUGAUGUGCGCCGGUUUGACUACCUACUCGCCCCUCAAGCGCAACGGCUGCGGCCCCGGCAAGAAGGUCGGCAUCAUCGGAAUCGGAGGUCUCGGCCACUUUGGUAUCCAGUGGGCCAAGGCUCUCGGUGCUGAGGUCUACGUCUUCUCGCGUACCGACGCGAAGAAGGAGGACGCCAUUAAGCUCGGCGCUGAUGUCUUCGUCGCCACCGCUAACGAGAACUGGGCUGCUCCUCUCAAGAAGAAGCUCGACAUGAUUGUCUGCUGCGCCAACUCCUCGUCCAACUUCGACAUUGGCUCUUACCUCUCGCUCCUCAAGGUCCACGGCCACUUUGUCAACGUCGGUCUGCCCGAGGGUGAGGGAUACGUCAUCAACCCCAUGUCCUUGCUCUCCAACGGUGUCUACAUCGGCGCCACCCACAUCGGAAGCAAGAAGGAGGUUCUCGAGAUGAUGGACUUGGCUGUCGAGAAGGGCGUCAGACCCUGGGUUGAGACCAUCCCUAUCAGCGAGGAGGGAUGCUCCAAGGCCCUCCAGAAGUGCCACGACAACGACGUCAAGUACCGUGUCACUUUGGUCGACUUCGACAAGGCUUUCGGCCAGUAAAUUAUUUACGGUUCUUCUUUACAGUACAAUUAGAUUAUACACUUUAUAGACUUACAAUUGAAUGUGUAUUCACAUAGGAAGUU